AUAAGAGAAACUUUUCAAGAUGGACGUGAUGAUGGUUGGAAUUCUUGCGCUUGCUAUGUUGCCAAAUCGUUAGAAUUUCCCGUAUUUAACGUGAUAAUUGUCAGAUAUUUCCCGUGAACCUUUCGUGGAAAUGUUUUAGCUAAAUAUAUUAGUUUGAUAUUCUUCAUUUGGUCCUUCAGAAGAUACAUGUAAGGAAGAAAUUUGCAUUGCUGGAGACCUGAUAUUUAAGUGUUUUAAAACAAAAUGCCGGUCAAGUUGGAAACGACAGAUCAAGAGUUGGAGAAUGUCUUGAUGAGAAAGACACAUGGGCAGCCCUACUUCAAUGACAUCAGGGACUUCCUUCAAGAAGGUGAGAAGUGCCCAGUACCACAACGAUGCAGCGUGGAGAUGAUGAAGAAGAUUGCAGCGGUGCUACAAGAGGAGCUUGGAAAGAAGCAGUUCCGAGACGCUAGUGCCAUAGUCUCAGCAAUCCAGUAUGCCGCACGCUUCCAAGAUAAUCCCUUAGGGCUCCCCGUACUCCUGGCAAAUGGUUUGAUUGAUCUCCUUGCCUAUGCGUUUGAUCAGACCGGGAAGUUUGUAGCCCACUCGGAUUGCUCUGAAGAUUGUCCAGCAGCAGACUCACUCAUGGAGGUGAUUCUACUGACAGUCAAUGAUGUUGCAGAUUUCAAUGAGGAUGCUAAGAAGGAAGCAGUUGGUAUGUUCACGGGGAUGCUCAUGCUGUUUGUUGUCCACAAGGAGAAAAAGUUUCAUUUGCGCAUGGAGGCAAUCCGCACCCUGAAUCUACUCUUGGAAGGGUGUGGGGAUGAGGUCAUCAAGGUGAUCCGGGAUUUUCCACCAAGUCUGAAACAGAUGAGUUUGAUGGCGGAUCUGCUGACCACUGCCGGUGACAUUGAGAUGCAAAUAGCUUGCACUGAAACCCUGGCCAGACUGGUCAAGCGAUCGGACAAGGACAACUACAAUCUGAUUCAAGACUGGUUCUGUGACCAAGACUUUGCCGCAGGUUUCAUGAAGAUCAAAGAUGAUACAUUUGAAACGGACUGUCGCAAAUUCCUGAACAACAUGAAUGAUAAUCUUGGAAGCAAACAGAGUGUGUUCUCUUUUCCCUGCAUCAGUGCACAUCUGGGCUCCUUGAAGCUGAGUUGCCCCACGGAUGUUAACCUGAAGGAUUUCUGGGUUGACUUCAACACAGUCAGCCAGAGAAUCACCCUGUAUGUGGCUGACGAACCACAAGAGGAGAAUGACGAAGGUGGCAUGUGGGAGACUGUUACAAUUCACAACAGAGUAGUGGAGAAGUUUCGUCUGUCAGAGAGGGGGGAUCAACAGGCCUUGUUAAUCAACCUGAACAUACCAGCCUCGGAGCUUCUAGGCUUCUGCCACUCCGAUGACAAAUACGUACAGAUUCUCUUUGAUGCCAAGCUGGGUAUCUUAAAUACCACCGUCGCUGUCUUUGGUCAAGACAAGAUGGGGCAUUCUAAGCACAAGACUUCAGUGAGCCAGAUCAACAUUCAGGUGCACAUCGAUGGAAACAGCAGCAGCCCUGGUCCUCCCAGGAACAUCCGGUCAGCUGAUGAGAGCAGUGACUGUGUCUCCAUACAGAGUGCUAAUAUCUACGGUCUGGGUGGGGAUAAUGACGAACCACCGGGGCAGAAGACAUCCAGAUCUGAAGUACCAACUAAGCGUAAGGUUUCAGUUGCGCACAGUCCAAUGUGGACUCCAACCAUGGCCAAGAGGAUGGCUGCCCAGGGUUCCUCUGUAUGUAGUGGCUCCAGAUCAGCGUCAUCAUUAGCAUCUCACAAAUCAGGGGUUUCUGUCAAGCCACUGCACAAAAAAUCAGAUUUUACCCAACCAAAAACACCAGUCAGACCCAACUCGUCAUCAACAAAGAGAGUCAAGACACCGCUCCAGAUUGUCAUCUCAGACAAAGCUACAGACAGCGCCAACGAGUCGGUUGCCAGUUGUCGAUCCAUUGGCAAGAAGUCAUCCAUAUCAUCUGGUAUCAGCAUUAGCUCCUGUGGCACCCCUACCAGGCUCCGACAGAAGCUCCAGCAAGAAGCUUCUAAGAAGCCUCAUCUGAUGGAGCUCUCUGGCUUCCAAGAUGCUGAGCCAGACACAGGGAGCAGAUCCGAUCCUGGACCUGCUUCUAGUAAGAGCAUCCCUCAGGCAGUGACACAAAAUGGCUACCAUGGUCAAAGCGAUGGGCAAAGAUCCGAUCCAGGACCCGUUUCAAGCGGAGAGAGUCCACCUCAACAGAGACGACAGCUCAGGAAUCGGAUCAAUAAAGCAGCUCCUCCAAAGGCCAGCAGUGCUAUGAAGCAUCAAGAGCCGCAAGGAAACAGUGUUGAACACCAGGGGGAGGAGCAAGUUUCUUCUGGAGGAGAAAAAGAUUCCAAGACAAAGAAGCCCUCAAGGAAGUUCAGAUUGUAUAGCGACAAUGGAGGUAUGCUGAUGGAGAACAAGCAAGGCGAGCAAGAUGCUUUAGAAACAGAUGUUGUGAUCCCCAGCUCCAUUCCCACACAGGAGAGUGUAGUGGACAUUAUUCCAGACUCACUUCCUCCCUCUGGACAGCUUCAGUCUAACAUAACAGCAGCACGCACUGCUGUUCCCUCAAGGAUCCAGUUGAAAGAGGAAGAGCAAGAGACUGAUAUUAAGAAGACCAAGGCCGCUGAUAGUAAAGCCUCUGUCCCUAAGACAUCCAAACCACUGCCUCCUUCUAGGGCAUUCCGUAAGGUUCCCCCUCUCACACCUCAAUCAAGUCAGGAGCUCUCCCAGUUGGACUUCACCUCCCAGAUGGAAGCCCAUCCAAAAAGGGGCAGACCAAAGAAGGGGGUAGACAAGGUGAAGAAGCAGCCCAAGAAGAGAGGAGGCAAGUCAGUAAAGGAGAGGCCUGCUGCAGAAGAACCUAAACCGAGGGCAAGAAGUCAGCGUGCCGCAGCUAAGGCAGCUCAGGGAGAAAUACAAAAACUGAGCCAAUCCUUUGAUGAUUCCUCGGAGGCAAGUUCUGAUCCGGACUCAGCCCAGGAACCCAUCAAUCCUGCCAAGAGGUCAGUGCCUGCCAAAGAGAAAGGCUUGCUUCAGAAGUCAACUCCGGACACAAUUGAUCUCUCUGUUUAUGACUUUGCAGACUCUGAGAGUUGUGCGAGUGUCGGCCUCAAGCCACGUAUCAGGAAGAAGCGGUCUCCUAUGGCAAAGGCAGCCAAAAAUACUCAAGCUAAGAGAAAGGUCCCUGCCAAGCAUGUCGUACCAAGCAAAAAGUCACUAAGCCCAGUUCUGUCAGACACGGAACAACCCAGGGUGGCAUCAAAUCGUAAAUAUCGAAAUCCCUCGGACAGGCUAGUCCAAAGUCCCAAAGAGCCCUCCGAUACUGGCGAUGACAAACUAAAUGAUGCAGGCAGGCGGUACACGAGGAGAAAUACCAACAAGCCGCCUCCAAGUCCAGAAGAGCUUUCAGAUAUUGAACAACCCCGAGAUGCGGCACCGAUGACAUCCAGCCCCCAAAAUAUGCAACUGUCUUCAUCAGUAGCCAACAUUGACCAAUACUCUGACGAGGAUGUGCAAAGCUUUGUAGAGAGUCUCACCGGCACACAGAGGCAGUUCCUGGAGAGAAAAAUCCCAAGAAGGGGGGCUGCAGAAGCAUUUAGUGAGCUGCUGUUGGAAAACAGAAAGAACAGACAGGACAACAGUGGACAAAAGGCAAAUAGGCAGAGAACUCAGUCCGGGCCACGAAUGGAACAGCCAAGCAAUACAUCCCCUGAAGCAUCCACUGACAGGGAGAAAAGGAUGAAAGCAUCCUACAAGGAGCAGACAAGCAGCCGUAAGAUGCCACCAAGAAGCAAGAGAAACUUUGGAGUGGAGAUUGUAGAAGUUGAGUCUGAGGAGGUCGCCAAUCGAGAGGACCCUGUCAUAGUCUCUAGUGACGACCACGAUGCCACAGAUAAUGUGUCGGUGGAAAACUUCAGCAAAGUUUGUGAGAACAUUGUUAAGAAGUCUGGAAGAAGACUAGGAGCAACACGGUCGAACAUCAACUAUCAAAACAAGGCCAGAGAAGCCGAGUCCAAUGAUGAAGUUGAGAAAACCCAACAGGAGCGUGAAAACUCUGGAGCGAUCUCUCCGGAGCCACUGCCUCAUUCCAGCAAGAAACGAACAGAGUCUGACGCAGUAAGCGAAAGAAGCUGGCUGGCUGAGAAACCCAAACAGAAGGUGACUACUUACUCCAAGACCCAAAGCAAGACAUGGGUGCCUCAGCCCUACAUGGUAAACCCAGAGACAACCUUCAAGAAGCAACCCAGACAGAGAAGGGAAAAACUGAAAAGGAAGCAGAGAGGGCCACCGGCUGUACAAAGGAAAAAGCAAAAGAAGCCAACACCCAGAGAUUCCCAGGACUCGGAUGUGGAGGGUCUAGGCGCGUGCAUGUACUACUACCAGAAGGGUGACUCCAGCUUCUCUGACAGUCAGCCAGGGCUCCAAUCACCAGAUCAGAGCCUGUUGAACAAGUCUCAAAGGAGCAACAAGACUGUCAAGUCUGCACCCCAGAUCGCCAGCACACCUCGCUCACUGCAAUCUUCAGAAGAAGACAAGGAAUCCAGCAUCGAGAUUGCCCGAGAUGUCGACAACACACUUGAAUAUGAGGACCCAUUCCCUAUCACUCCUUUAGUCUUGGUGGAUGACAUUAGGGCUGAUCUUCUGCCUGAUUUGGUUACCCCAAAAUCCUUGACGAUCCCCUCCAUUUCCAGCAGGUGCUCAAGCUCCUCAGGGAAAACACCGAAGCAAGUCACUUUUGACUCUAACCCAGAUUAUGCGGAGGAUUCGACACCAGAAGUACAUCAAGAUGAGCCAGUAAAGUCAGGUCCUUCCUCCUUGGUCCGUCCCACCACCUCAACUCUGAAGCGUAAGUAUGGUGAUCUCUUCAACGACGAUGAAGGAGAUGAAAGUCAAGAAGACAUUGAACAAGAUGUAGAUGUCAUCUCAGAUAAUGAUAAUGAGGUACACCCAAGUGUAUCAGCGCAGCACAACAGUCAAGGAUCCCUGAGACCCAAGAAGCUCUUCAAGGGAGCUGUCAGCAGCCCAACUUUGCCCCUAGAGGAGGAUGCAGAGAACAGUGACGAUAACAGCAAUGACGCCCUCCUCUCGUCGCCUCAGUCCCAUAGUAGUUUGCAAAUGCAAAUUAAACAGAUGAUGAAUGCCAUCAGCCAGAAAAUGAAACGGAAAAUGCAGACAAAGCAAUCGCAAGCCCGUCAGCUGACGGACGGAGCAGUGAGGACAACGCAGACACGAGUGUCUAAACUCUGGUCCCAGCAGCAUCAAGCAAGGAGCAACGCUCAGGAGGAGUUCAAGAACUGUCUUCUGGAACAGAUUGUAUCCUUGGAGGAUGAGCUUGGGCACCUUAAGACUGCCUAUAGUAAGCUGCAAAGUAUUCUGGAGCAGCACUGUCGCAAGACCAGCUCUACGUUGCUGACACAUGUGGAUCGAAUGAAGUCACUACACAACGAGCACGAGGCAGAGUCCAGAGAGUUGAACAACCAGCUGGGCAGACACCUGCUGCACAACGUCCGGCAGAUACUGAGUCAGCAGAUGGUCAACAUGCAGAAACAAGUCAUUCAAGACACGCAACAAGAUGAACUUGAACAAAUGAAGAAACGACUGCAAACCAUGUUCAAGUUUUAAAAGUAAAGGUAAUCAUAAAGUCCAACCAAUUCAGGAGAAAUAUAGUCGGCCAAAAUAAGUGAUGACGUAGAUAUUUGGUGAAAAAAAAAAAAUUUAAGUCAUGAAUUUUGCAUUUUUUAGAAAUACAAUUUGCCUUGUUUUAAUUACGUUUUUUCUGAUAGAGCUUGUUUUUUCUUGAAAAAUUUACAAAACUAUUGAAUUUCUGUAUUUCAAGUUGGAUUUUAGCUGAAACGAUUAACAAAAAAUUGAUCACUGAAUGAAUUAAUGUUGAGUUGAGUAACUACUUGAUUUAAAUCGGACAAAACCUAACAAGACUUUGGUAUUAUUAAUGUUUCCAGAAACUGUUCCUUAAUAAGGUAAUAGGUUUAUUUGUUGUUCAUAAAGCAUAGUUUGCUGUUCAAUGCCAAUAUUGUAAGCACAUUUAACAUAGUUUAUGAAUUUCGUUUAAAUGGUUUAAAGAAAAGAUUGAGCCAGUAACAGUACGCACAUGCGGUGUCCCGUCCAAGGGGGUCUCAAAAGCGCCUUCUUUUGUUGCCCCACGGAGCCCAUACAGUGGUCAUGUCUGGAUAUUUGUUUUGAUUUUGUCGAAGUCUUUUACAUAAUCACAGGUAGACAUAAUGAAGUUUGGAAAGUAUUAGAACCAAGUUUGAAGAUAUGAUGUAAAUAUUGCCAAAUUUAGUGUUCUUAAUUUAUAAGAAGUUCUCAAAUAUUACGAAAGAGUAGAUACAACAAAUCUUAAGACAUAUUCUUGGAAAUUUACAGUUUUCCCUAAAGACUGUUUGACUUUACAAUCCUGUUCUGAGUGUUAUAAUUUAUGGAAUUAAAUUUUGAUUAAGUUUGAUGCGUACAUUUUGAGUUUUCAAAUUAAAAGAAUUUGUCAACUGUCAACUGGAAAUGUUGUGAAAA